AGAUGAUGUUACGCGUUAUUUGGUUCCCCGCACUUGUCCACUGAGUCAACGCGGUACUUUCACUGCACAUUAAGGGGGAUUUUGUUGGGAAUUAAACCCGUGAAAGUCUGCAGGAGCGUCUCAGCGAUGCCGCCACCCGGCUUCUGAAGCGGUUCAGAGGAUGCACGCAGCACGAAGCCCUGCAUCCAACCCGGCAGCCGUGACAGGAGAUGCCCUGGACCUCAGCCUGUCCGGCUCCCAGCUCUCCAUGUCCAGGAGACCCAGCAGUGCAUCGCCUGGGAAAAGCUUCUCCCGCUCCGUGUCGGUGUCCGUGGCUGGAGACAGCAGAGCGAAACGCAACACCCUGGGUGAUGCCAGCCUCAGCAGCUCCCGGUCCAUCAAGAACCUCAGGCGGUGCAACAGCACCACGCAGGUUAAUCAGCAGACCAACGUCAGUCUAAGUCGGGACCAGAGGGAGGAUUACCUCGCCCUGUUCGACAGCAGCUCGCAUGGACGCAAGAAACUGGCCGGCCUCAGCAAAGCCUCAGCAGACAGAACCACGUGGAACAUCCUGGACGAUCAGCCGCGAGCUUCCUCCCUGCACUCGGGCUCCCGCAGCACCGGCAGCGUGGACUCUCCCCCCGGGCCCAAGCAAAGAGAGCUGGGCAUCGCUCUGGCUGCCACCUUCACUGCCAACAACAGGAGCAACAAGGGAGCCGUGGGGAACUCCGUCACCACCAUCUUACACAACAACUACUCCGAGAAACCACUCACGCCCAAGAGUUCCAACCAGAGGCCCUCGUUUAACAACAUCCUGAAGGCCACGGCGAACGACGAGGUGUCACAAGACAACAGCUCCCUGACAAAGUCCCAGAAGAAUUUCUCUUCCACAUCCUCCACCUCCAACAACAAGUCUCCGGCGUCGGCGCGUCGGGGAAGCCCCGCCCCGUCUGGAAGGAGGGAGGUCACCGAGGAGCAGGCCGAGAGGUUUAUUCAGCAGGUGAACCAGGCAGCGGUCACCAUCCAGCGCUGGUACAGGCGCCACGCCAGGAGACGGCACGCCAACCAGGCGGCGCUCAAAUGCAUCAUCGCCAGUAAAAGAAAGGAGUGGGAGGAGAGAAGAGAAGAAGACAGUCGCCCCGAGCAACAGCAGAAAAGGGGCGAUGACAGGAAACAGAUUCGGGAGGACAAAGCUCGCCUUGUGCGCCUGGCUGCCAUCCAGGAGCUGCAGCAGAAAAGAGCUCGGCGGGUUGCCGAGGUGGAGCCGGACAGUCCGAGGUCGACUGCUGUGGUCGCACGCCAGAGGCCGCCCAAGAUCCCCCUCACCACCAGCGGUCCAUCCUCGCCGGGCCACAGCAGCCCGAGGUCCCCCCCCGCCGGGAAAGCCAAGAACGCCGAGUCCAAUUCGAAUGUUACGGCGGACUUGAUCGAGCUGAACUUCAGGGCCGUCUCCCCGGCUUCGUCCAAUCAAAGAGGCUCUCCGUGCUCUCAGGACCAGGAGGAUGGAUCGGAGCGGGACGUUGUCCUCGUGCAGCAGCAGCCGCAGCAACAUCAGCACAACGGCAGGAAGUGGAUCCGUAGAGAGAAAGCCCGUCUGGCAAACACCCCCGAGGUUCGGCCGCUGAGUGACAGGAAUCCUCUCGGAGAGGCUGCAGCCGAUUGGCUGUCGCAGGAGCUGCAGCGGCCCGCAGAGCCCCAGCGUGCUGCUGAGGGGCAGCUGGAGAGCCUGAGACCAACAGGUGUGGUUGGACGCAGGAAGCUGCCUAAGAUCUCUGUCACCAACAAAGGUCCUGCCUCGCCGGGCGACGACAGCCCGACGCCCCCCCCAGCCGUGAAAGCUAAGAACACAGACUCCGACCUGAAUGUCGCGGCUGAGUUCGGUGAGCUCUCCAGCUUCAGAGCGGUUUCCCCAGAUGUGUCCAAUUGCAGAGAUUCCCAGUGUUCCCAGGAGAUCCUGCAGAGGUCAGUGAGCGUGGAGGACCAGCGGCAGGGAGCUCUGUGCAGUAGAGCUCCGUCUAAAAGCACCUUCAACGAGCUGCUGGACACCCUGAAGCUGCUGGAGGAGGAGCCACAGAGGCUUUCCCAGCCAAAGUGCUACAGCAAAGACAAAUACGCCUGGAUCGAUGAGGACGCGGACUCCAACACCUUGACCACGGACAACCUGGAGCGCCACGGCCAGCUGAGUCACCACCCCGCGCUGCCAGACGGGGGCGCCCUGCUCUCCGAGGCCAAGCUGCAGAGCAUCAUGAGCUUCCUGGAUGAGAUGGAGAAGUCUGAACAGGAGAGGCCGCGCUCGGUGACCUCGGGGUCGCACAGAGAGGCCGUGUUGUCGGAGGAGGAGCUGGUCGGUGUGGAGCAGGCGUCUGCCACCGCCGCCGAGGUCUCGGGCUCCGUGAUGAGGAUCCAGCUGGAGCUGGAGGAGAAGAAACGCACAGUCAACAUGCUGCAGCGCGCCCUGGGCCAGCAGAGAGAGCUCACCAUCAGACACGUGAAGGAGACCGAAAAGGAGCUGAGCAGGAACUUCCAGCUCCAGAGGGAACAAUAUGAAGCCACCAUCCAGAGACACCUGACCUUCAUCGAUCAGCUGAUCAACGAUAAAAAGCUGCUGAGUGAGCGCUGUGAAGGAGUGGUGGGAGAACUGAAGCAGGUGGACCAGAAGUACACCAAGAAGAUCGUCCAGAUGCAGGAGCAGCAUGAAAUGGUUUGGCAAAUACUGGGUCCCCUGUGCGAGGAAAUCAAGAAGUUAAAAGAGCUGAUGAGCGCCACGGAGAAGAUCCGCCGGGAGAAAUGGAUCGACGAGAAAACCAAGAAGAUCAAAGAGAUCACUGUGAAAGGUCUGGAGCCAGAGAUCCACAAGCUGAUCUCCAAGCACAAACAGGAGCUGAAGAAGCUGCGGAUGCUCCACGAGGCGGAGCUGCUGCAGGCGGACGACCGGGCCGCCCAGCGCUACGUCCACCAGUGUGAGGAGCUCCGUCAGCGGCUGGAGGGGGAGAAGGAGGAGCAGAGUCAGAGAGAGAGGGCGCUGGCCAAACAGAGGUGGGCACACCGUCGGCCCCCGUCAUGGACCCGGGCUGCCGGAGAACGCCGGCAGAGUGUAUCAUCUCGAUCCUCGAGUCCCGCGGACGCUUCUCCACCACACGCGCUCAUGUUCUGCUGGUUAAUGCCGUCGUUGUGUCAGUGUGUCAGACAGGAAGCAGCUUCACAGCGAACGAUUCACCGCAGAGACGGCGAGGGGCUUCUAAACAUGACUGCUCACAGUUUACGUGUGUGUGUCAGAUACGAGAAGCAGCUUCAGGAGGAGGAGCUGUCGUUGCAGCAGCAGAGGAGGCGGCUCUACAAGGAGGUGGCUGACGAGAAGGAGAGGCUGGCUCAGCUGUCUGCCAGGCAGCGCGCCGAGCUGGAGGACCUGCGGAGGCAGCUGGAGGAGAACAGCUCGCUGGCCGGGAGGGCCCUCCGAGAAGAGCUGGACAAGACCAGGGAGGAGCAGGAGAGGAGGCACCAGGUGGAGAUGAAGGCACUGCAGGAACGCUUGGACGCCGAGAAGCAGACGUGGGAAGAAAACUACAAGAAGAAAGAGGAGGCCUGGCUGCUGAGCCGCGAGCGCGAGCUCAGAGAAGAGCUGCGACGAGGACGCGACAAAGAGAUCGAGAUCGCCAUCUGGACGCUGGAGGAGGAGACCAGCAAGGAAAAGGAGGAGUGUGAGAGGGCCGCCGACAACAGGGUGCAGCGCGUCAGGGAGACGUACGAGGCGGAGCUGCAGGAGCUGCAGCGCUCGCAGAGGACGGCUGUGGAGAAGCAGCAGCAGCUGAGGAGGCAGCAGGCGGAGGCGCAGGAGGAGCUGAUCUCGCUGCGCGCCGCGCUGCGACAGAAGGAGGCGGAGGUGGAGGGCGUCACUCGGACCAGGGACCAGCUGGUGGACGAGCGCCGGCGCCUGGCAGAGGUCGUACGGCAGGAGUUCGCCGAGCGGCUGGUGACAACGGAGGAGGAGAACCGCAGGAUGGCGGCGGAGGUGGCGGAGGUCCGGGCGAGGCUGCGCCUGGAGGUGGAGAGAGUCACCAGGGAGAAGGAGGAGGAACUGGCAGAGGUCCACCAACGCGUGAAGUCGGCCAUCUUGAAGAAGGAGGAGACUGUCAAUCAUCUCCGGAAGCAGCACGAGGCUGCGCUGAAGAGGGCGGAUCACCUGGAGGCCCUGUGGGAGCAGCAGAGGAAGCAGCUGCUGGAGAAGUGAUGACUGACAGCAGGGCUUCAGCCGCCCGGAGCCCCGCCCACCACCACCCCCCCCCGCCGCCCGUCAGAGCUCCAUCCAUUUCUUGUUCUCUGUUUUCUUCGGAUGCAAGACUGAGCCUGUGAAGCUUCAGACUGAAAGACACUGACUGGGGAAAUGACCCCCCGAGCAUGAAGGAGCGUGUUGUGUGGGAGCAAUUCACAAAUUCUGCAACUUCUUUGCUUUCUUGGGGACUACUGUGACCCCCCCCUCACCCCCCAUCCAGAGAGGAAUGCCAACAUGUUCCCUAUAGAGCCACAGAACGUUUCCAGAUGUUUCUGAAAGCAGCGUGUUGAUACCUGUAGUAGGGGCAGGAUGUGUGAACAGGGGGGGGGCUGCUCCGCCUGGAGGACCGUGAUCUGCCAAGUGGUUCUCCUGGUGCCUCCUUUCAUCUGGGGAGUCAUGUGAUUUGUGGCCCCCUCCAGGCGAGAGCCGAUUACAGGAGCCGUGCCCCCCCCCCCACCCCCCCCCUCCGUGAGAAGUCAGUACUGUGGGUGAACCCAAGGAGGAAAGUCAGGGCGAGCGAGAGGCUAAAAAAAGAGGGAAAGAAACGUCUGCAGCCGGAGACAGAAGAAUGUAGGAAGGUUCUGCAUGGGAGGGGGGGGAGGGGGGAGGGAGGGCACAAAGCAUGUGACAAAACACAUCACACUCAAGUAGUUACACACACACACACACACACACACACACACUCUCUACCUGUGUGAGUCUGCACCUCCUUGAAGCCCCUCCCCCCGACACUAAAGGCGUUUGGAUGAGUUCACUGAGGUCACUCGCUCCAGUUUUACCAGCCUGUUUAUUCCGCUGCGUUUCGCCCUGUGAUUGGUCCACGGGGAGGGGGGGGGGGGGGGUCGGGGCAUCGCUUUGAGUGUUUUACUGUCAGCUGGCACAACGCCGUUACCAUGGAGAUGGUCGUCAGGUCUUUCUGACGCGGACGUUGUCCGAGCCGCAACCUGAAGGGUUCGUGUGAGCCUCGUGGGGGGGGCAGGAGGAGUCAGCAGCUUUAACAGCGGACGGGGGCAUUCCGUGUAUGUGUGCGUGCGUGCG